UGAAGAUUGAACAGACACCUGGUAGCGGGUACGUCCAUCCAACAAACGAUCAUUCGUAGUUCAAGGUCAGCAUUCUGGACCGCGUCUGAUCAUCGCCAUUGGUUAUUUGAUUCGUGAUUGCCUCCCACGAACGCCGAGCUCAGCUCCCUCGCUCUGCUAAGUGGCCUUCCGAGGCCGAAGAUCGAGCGGGCAAUCAUCCCAUCCCAUCCCGUGCGCCCGGCCCCCAGGCAGGUACCACCGAACCCACCAGUCAAAAGGGCAUACGCAUACAUCCCGCCUUUGCUUUGAACACCGCCCACCGGCGCGCGCCUCUGAUUCUCCAUUCGCGGAUUUUUGGCGCUCAGCGGACAUUGCGGUGCUACGAGAAUGAUCAAAGGUUCCAUCUCCCCAUCCAGCGCUCCCCUCGCCUCCCCUCCUGGCGCAGCCAAGCCGCCGCGCGCCAGCGGCAGUGGCAGCAACCUCAAGGCCUGCCCCUUUCCCGGCUGCGACGCCGCUUUUGCUAAACCAGCGCAUCUUCAGAGGCACCAGCUGGUUCACGACAAGGAGCAACCUCACGCUUGCCAGUACUGCGAUCAGAAAUUCGGUCGGCUGGACAGCUUGAAGCGCCAUCAAGGCAGGAAGCACGCCGAGCAUGGCUCUCCCUCUGGCGACAACUCGACGCCUGCAGGUGCCUCCCUCACACCAUCGUCCGUCUCAGCUUCGCAUUCCACAGGCGUGCUAGCAGGCAAUGCAGAGGAAAAUGGCACUCCCAACAACAGCGGCCCCACUCCCACCUCCAACAAGCGCAGACGCACUCAGGCCUCUCAGUCAUCACGCUCCGUCGCAUCCUCGUCGAAUGAUGCUUCACAAGCUUCCCCACACGGAUCAGCGACUGUUCCUUGGCCAUCUCGAGGAGCGUUUGCUCAGCCUCUAGGCGACCAUCCGACUCCUCCACGCUCCCCAGCCUCGCCCUCGGAUGCGUUUCGCCAUGCGCACGCACACUCCAAGCAGUCCGUGGGAGCGAACGAAGCGUGGAGUGAAGCGCUGGGUGCAACGCCUGCCUCUUCAUCAACCAACACCUCUGCCAUCCCUCCCUGGUCGGAUCUGGAGCGCGCUGCUCAGUUGCAUGACCAGGACAUUGGCGAUGUGGCUGGAAAUAGUUUGGCAGCGCUGGCAAGCGUGGCCCAGUCUCAAUUACCAGUUGGAGCCAUGUCUGCCGCCUCUGCUAUGCUAGGAAACGCGGCCGAGGCUGGAUCAGGCGCUUCUUCCGCGCUACCCUUUCAUCUCAACAGCAGCACGUGGUCCACCUCUUCUCCCAGCUUCAUGUCCGAUCCCACAAAUGAAGCGAUGAUGCCUUCCAUCGAUGAUAUUCUCGAAUCUUUCCUCGCUUCUUCCGCCGCCACAUCCUUCUCCGGCAGCGGAAGCGGCUUCUUUCUCGAUGGCGCAAACGACAUUUUCCCAGCGCAGUCAGCUCAACCGUUUGCUCCGUCGCUCAACGACCAUGCUGUCCCAACGCCUGGCACGAGCGUCGCAGCGCAUACAGCCACGCCUCCAUCGGCUCCCUCUCCGGCAUCGCACUCUCUUCAGACCUCUUGCAACCCUUUUGUUCGUGCAGCAGCAUCCAGUCUCGGUACGUCCCGCAUGCCAUUCCCUUCUUCGCCUUCCAUUCCUCAGCACUCUGCGCAUCGCGCCAACGAUCCGCACCACAAUAGCAGGCAGGGCAGCGAGUCUGCCGCUGCCGAAAAGGUGGCUAGCGAGACUAGGGAUCUCGUCAUCAAGGGAGUCGUCUUGCCUCGGCUGCCUCAGGCUGCUAGCGCCGAAGAGAUCUUUUGGCUCGCGAACAGCCGCUUGCCCACGCUCGCUCCCGUGAUACCUCCUGCUUUCAUGCAGCAGGGAGUGCAGGCCAAGACGUUUCCCGUGCUCUACAUUAUCGUCUCGGCGCUCGGCACGCUCUGGCAUAGCGACCCAAGCGUUCGCGAAUACGGCUUGUCCCUGUGGUACUUUACCUACCUGGCCAUGUGGACGCAGUCUGGCUUUCUCAUUGAUGACUCGCAAGCCACCGCAUACGGGCUCGUGGUGGCUCUGCAUGCGCAGCUCUUUGCCAAAUUGAGUGGCGACAAGUUUGCAGGCUUUCGAAAAGCCAGGCUCGGAUAUAAUACUCUGCGUGCCACCUCCCGAGAACGCGGCUGGCGUCAGCUCGAUGCGCCAUUCAGAUUGGCCAUUUUCGCCGCACUCGACUCUCCAGACCAAUUGCGGUUCGCGCACGAUGUGUUGCAGGAUCAGAAGGCUUCCUUUGAAGCUCGAGCCUCUGCACUGCGUGCGGCAGAGGCAGCGUGGGCUGCGUGGCAAGAGCGGGAGCAAGCCACGAGGACAGCCAUCGUGAUGGCCAUCAUGGACGGGCAGAAUACACCUUAUGACGCGUCGCUUCAGCCCGACGGCAGCAACGGCAUCGAAGCAUUCGAUUUGGGGGCCAGCAGCGUCAAUAUCCUCUUGCAGGCCGUCUUGCCCACCUUUAACAUCGAAGCCUGGGCGGCCAAGACGAGCAUGGAAUGGCUCAAGGCGAUACUGGCACCCUCGGCGAAUGCGUUCGAGCAGAGCUCCUUGCAGUCUGGUGAGCUGCACUCCAUCCAGGUGGGCCAAAUUGUGGAUGAGAUGCUAAGUGGCCAAGAGGAGGUGACGCUCGCAGUGUUUGAGAAGCGUCACACUGCUCUCUUGGAACUGGCAGUGCUUGAAGGCGCAUCCGACGAUGCCCUGGGCAUCUCCCAGCCUCUCAUCGGCCACAUCGCUUCAAGACCAAGUGCACGCAGCGCUGGCUCGUUGGCCAAGUCUGCCCUUUACGGAUGUGUUCAGCUCGGCUCAGACUCGCAAUAG